AUGGACGUCGCCGACAUCGCCUCCCCGUCCGGCCAGCAGGAGCAGGGCCACCGGACGGUGUCGUCGGAGCCGCCGAAGCGGCCCGCGGGGCGGACCAAGUUCCACGAGACGCGCCACCCGCUGUACCGCGGCGUGCGGCGCCGUGGCCGCGUCGGGCAGUGGGUGUGCGAGGUGCGCGUGCCCGGGAUCAAGGGCUCCAGGCUCUGGCUCGGCACCUUCAACACGGCCGAGAUGGCGGCGCGCGCGCACGACGCCGCCGUGCUCGCGCUCUCCGGCCGCGCCGCCUGCCUCAACUUCGCCGACUCCGCAUGGCGCAUGCUGCCCGUGCUCGCGGCCGGCUCCUUCGGCUUCGGCAGCGCGAGCGAGAUCAAGGCCGCCGUCGCUGUCGCCGUCGUCGCGUUCCUGCGGAAGCAGAUUGUUCUUCCAGUCGCCGUCGCCGUCGUGGCGCUCCAGCAGAAGCAGGUCCCGAUCGCCGUCGCCGUGGUGGCGCUCCAGCAGAAGCAGGUUCCGGUCGCCGUCGCCGUGGUGGCGCUCCAGAAGCUGCCAGUUCCGGUCGCCGUCGCCGUCGUGGCGCUCCAGCAGCAGCAGAUCAUUCUUCCAGUCGCGUGCCUGGCGCCCGAGUUUUACAUGUCUUCCGGCGACCUGUUGGAGCUGGACGAGGAGCAGUGGUUUGGCGGCAUGGAGGCCGGGUCGUACUACGCGAGCUUGGCGCAGGGGAUGCUCGUGGCGCCGCCGGACGAAAGAGCCAGGCCGGAGAGCGGCGAGCAGAGCGGCGUCCAGACGCCGCUAUGGAGCUGCUUGUUCGACUAA